AUGAAGAUUUGCAUUUUGAAAGCGUUCCUCGCGAUAUCCGUCUUCACGGUUGCUGACGCAAAGUUUUCGUUGCGUCGCCGCACUCAACAAGUGGCCACUUCUCCAGACAGCCCAGAAAGCCCAGAUGAUCCCAAUGCUCCUGACAGCCCUGACAGCCCUGACAGCAUUGAUACCUCUCCGAAUGGUGGCCGCACCUUGCAGACCGUUGUUUCCCCAGAUUCACCUGAUAGCCCAGAAAGCCCAGAUGAUCCCAAUGCUCCUGACAGCCCUGACAGCCCUGACAGCCCUGACAGCAUUGAUACCUCUCCCAAUGGUGGCCGCACCUUGCAGACCGUUGUUUCCCCAGAUUCACCUGAUAGCCCUGAUAGUCCUGAUGAUCCAAAUGCUCCUGACAGCCCUGACAGCAUUGAUACCUCCCCCAAUGGUGGCCGCACCUUGCAGACCGUUGUUUCCCCAGAUUCACCUGAUAGCCCUGAUAGUCCUGAUGAUCCCAAUGCUCCUGACAGCCCUGACAGCAUUGAUACCUCCCCCAAUGGUGGCCGCACCUUGCAGACCGUUGUUUCCCCAGAUUCACCUGAUAGCCCUGAUAGCCCUGAUGAUCCCAAUGCUCCUGACAGCCCUGACAGCAUUGAUACCUCCCCCAAUGGUGGCCGCACCUUGCAGACCGUUGUUUCCCCAGAUUCACCUGAUAGCCCUGAUAGUCCUGAUGAUCCCAAUGCUCCUGACAGCCCUGACAGCAUUGAUACCUCUCCCAAUGGUGGCCGCACCUUGCAGACCGUUGUUUCCCCAGAUUCACCUGAUAGCCCUGAUAGUCCUGAUGAUCCAAAUGCUCCUGACAGCCCUGACAGCAUUGAUACUUCCCCCAAUGGUGGCCGCAGCUUGCAGACCGUUGUUUCCCCAGAUUCACCUGAUAGCCCUGAUAGCCCUGAUGAUCCCAAUGCUCCUGACAGCCCUGACAGCCCUGACAGCCCUGACUUAUUGGAAGGCACUCCCUGA